UCUCUUUCUCUGUCCACUACUGUACAUUCAUCAUCACCGAAAGAGCGGAAGAAACCGAGGAUAGGGAGGUGGAAACACUGUAAAACACGGCUGAUUUCCCGCAGUCAGGAAAUACCAUUAAAGCUCAAGAGAAGGUCGGCAGAUAACUCACAGUUGUUGCGUAUGUGAGGACACUAUUUCCGUUACACUGUUUUUACCGACCAGAACACUUUUUUUGAGGGUUGUGAGGAGAGAUGCGGGUGGUUAACAGGCUGACUGGACCGUAAAUCCACUAACGGAGCACUUUAAAGUCAGCGGACGUCCCGGAGCAGCGGUCACACACGCGGCGGACAUCCAUCAUCACGCUCAGGCGUUUCUGUCGAGCGUCAACACAGACUCGUGACUCAAUAUGUUGGGAUGGUUGAGCGGAGUGUUCUGGCAGGAGCGUCUCUGGUUUCCAGAAGGUUUGGGAUGGGCAGACCUGGAAGACCGAGAUGGGCGCGUCUACGCAAAGGCUCGGGAUUUGUGGGUGGCACUGCCAAUCGGCCUUUUGUUUCUUAUGGUUCGACAGGUCUUUGAGAGGGUUGUUGCUACACCGCUAGCCUCAUUGCUGGGCGUUAAAGAAACUGUCAGACGGCGAGUUGCACACAAUCAAACACUGGAGUCCUACUACUGCAACACAACUAAAAACCCCACACAGAGUUCAGUAGAGAAACUGUGCAAGCAGACAUGUUGGACAGAAAGAGAGGUCCAACGCUGGUUCAGACGACGGAGAAACCAAGACAGACCUAAUGUACUCAAGAAGUUUCGUGAGGCCAGUUGGAGAUUCACCUUUUAUCUUCUUGCCUUCUUCGGUGGUCUUGGUGCACUAAUCGAUAAACCCUGGUUGUAUGAUCUAGAGGAGAUGUGGAAAGGGUUCCCCACUCUGACACUGUUACCAUCUCAGUACUGGUACUACAUGCUGGAACUGGGUUUCUACUUUUCCCUUCUGUUCAGUGUGGCUUCAGAUGUCAAGCGUAAAGACUUCAAAGAGCAGAUCGUUCAUCAUGUGGCCACCAUCACACUGAUCAGUUUCUCCUGGUGUGUGAAUUACAUCAGAGCUGGAACACUGAUCAUGUUCGUGCAUGAUUCUGCAGACUAUUUACUGGAGUCAGCUAAGAUGUUUAACUACGCGAGAUGGAAGAAUGCUUGUAACUACAUAUUCAUCUUGUUUGCUGGAGUCUUCAUCAUCACACGCCUCAUCAUCUUCCCUUUCUGGAUCAUGUACUGUACAUGGGUGUAUCCAGUGACUCUGUAUGCUCCAUUUUUUGGAUAUUACUUUUUUAAUGGGCUGCUGCUGGUGCUGCUGUGUCUGCACAUCUUCUGGGCGGCACUGAUUGUACGCUUAGCCAUCCGCUUCCUUACCAGCAACUUGUCAGUAGAGGACGAGAGGUCUGACAAAGAGGAGACAGAUGAGUCGGCAGAAGAGGAUGAGGACAUGAAAAAUAGAGAAAUAAAGAAAAACGGACUGACUCAGAAUGGUCACGCUAUAUAUAACAGCAGUCACUCUAAAACAGAGUGAUUUCCUUUGAAGAGGACCUUAAAAGUAUGUUUAAAGAGGAGGAAAUUUCAAAGAAUGAGCAAAAUCCAAAGUGAUAUUUCCUCUCCUCAAACCGAACAUGAAAGAAGAGAGGGGAGAGAAACAGAGGACUGAUUCCAGUUUUCAUGAAAAAAAAUUCGCUGUGUACACUACAAAUGAAACAUACACACAACAAUAACAGUCAUACACACACACGCACAUAGACACAUCGGUCAAAGGUGUCAACCCCUGAAGUCAUUCCUCUCUCUGGGGAAAAACAGGAAUCAAUGUUGCCUCUAUUGAGAUUUCUGUCAACACGUGCCUUUCUUUGCCAAAGUUUGCUUUUUUUAAUACUUUGCUUUCCUUGUUUUUUUUGUUUUUUUAUUUUAAAAAAAUUUCAAGUCACUGGGUCUUUUCCCAGACAUAUGAAUCUGCAUCCAUGUUGUUUGUUUUAUACUCAAUAAUUUUUUUCAGCUGAAAUUAAGGUACAUCUACAAACUAAGUUGUCAGUUUUUAACAGACCAUUGCUCCUAUGGGAAGAUUUUGCUGACCCUGUUCGCUCCAUCAUUAUUUUCACAUGCAAAUAAAAAAAAAGUACUCAACAAACCUCAUUACUCAAAGGGUCGAUAAAUGUACCUUCAAAUGCCUCAGAUGUGUUAUUAUUGAGGUUGCAAGCUUUAACCAGCUUGUUCAACAAGAUUCCUUUCAAACUGCUGCUCCACCAUAACAGAUGAUACUGACCAUAGAAAAAGACAGCCGAUGCUAAUGCUAUUAGAGCAACGCAUACUCGCAGUGCACUAUGACUGACGCAUGAAAUCGAGCUUGCAUACCUAGAAGCGUUUGCGUUCACAUAUUUGCAUAGAGUAUGUUUCGGGCAGUCCCCAGUAUCCAUUUCAUUUCAAACCUAGAGUAAUGCCACGUCCACACUAAUCCGCUGAAGUUUGAAAACAAACGUUUUCAGUUUCCUGACAUCAUCGUUUUCCAAAGUGUGCAGUAAUAUACCAUUCUACUGUGGAAUUAAUGUAAAUGAAUGCAUAGUGUGGACGUGGCCUUCAUCAACUCCAAACUUCCUAACAAUGUGCAAACACUUAUUGGCCAGUUGUAGCAUGUUCGUUUCCACAUAGAUUUCAUUUAUUAUAUUUCUGAAUAUUUUAAAGCCACAAGCCAAAGAUAGAAUGAUUGUGUAAACGUUGUGCUUUAGUUUGAGCUAGGUUGUUUAGGAAUUUCAGGAUGUUAUUUAUUCUCUGUGGUAAACAGAAAUGCAGUGAGCUUUUGCUUACCCAAGGGUUCACAUUAAAGUUCAUGAAUAUCACUGCUGGUUUUGCAGGAUUUUUAUUGUGUGAGGAAUCAUGAAAUGUUUAAAGCACAACAAGCUAGAUCAUAAAAAUAUCUUUACAUUUUAAAUUUCAUUAUGUUGUCAACUGGUAGUUUUGAUCUGGCCAGGAUAGUAACAAAGACAUUAUAGAAGGAAAGAACAUUAAAUGAGAAUCUAAAUAAUUAUGUAUCGGCUGCUUUGGAGAACCAACAUUUGAAAUGUAUGAAAAAUAUAAAUAUUCUUUUUGUACACCUUUUGACAUUAUAAUGCAAUCCAUCUUUUUCUCACCAAAUGUCUGUUUUAUCACAUCUAAAGGCCUUCAACAGUAAUGUCAUGCUGUUCUCAUGAAUAAACUGUUACCAGUU